UGAUAGUGAUAAAUAUAAUUAAAAAAAAGAAGUUUGUGACCUCCCUGAAGAUGGCGAUCAAAUCGCGGGUGAUAUUGUUCAAAAGGGCCUGUAACAAAGACCUAACCCACGCCGUUUCGAUUAUAAAUUGAUUCUUGUAUUGAUACCAGAAAUGAAACGAUCGGAAAGUAAAUUGGCCAACCUCUUAAAACUCGCACUUGUCUUCAAUAUUACCCUAUUCAUAUUCUCUGUAGGAAGAUAUGUCGGUAUUAAGACUAAUAUAGAACCUGAUCCGCCUAAAAUACCGGCGAUCCGUCCAGUUCAUCAUACUUAUAAGAUUCCAAACAUAAUCCAUUACGUCUGGUACAAUGAAAAAGAAAAAGAACUAAAAUUCCACCAUCUACUUUCAAUGCUCAGCUCUUUUAGGAUACAAAACCCAGAAAAGAUUAUAUUUCAUACAAAUAAAGAGCCAGUGGGAAAAUAUUGGAAUGAGGCUAAAAGACAAAUUACAAGCUUGAAUAUUAAUUAUCGUCAACCACCAUUGAAAUUGUUUGGGGAAGAUGUUAAAAAACCCUUGUAUUAUACAUCUCAUUCAAACGUAGAUAGAGUUAAAAUUGUUCACGAGUAUGGAGGUAUCUAUCUGGACUUGGAUACUGUUGUUCUAUCGCCCAUGGAACCCCUACGUAAUUACAGUUGUGUAAUAGGACAAGAGCAAUCGGAUAAAUCGUGCGGUUGCGUUUUCAUGUGCGAAAAGAACGCACCAUUCCUAUCAUUAUGGUUAAAUUCAUAUUUGGAUGAUUAUAGAAUAGAAGAAUGGGCCUAUAACUCUGGUAAGGUACCUUGGAAGUUAGCUCGCCGUUAUCCGCAGCUAGUUUUUGUUGAAAAAAAUAGACUUCUUAAACCAAACUUUAAGCAUUUAGAUCAACUAUACGGAAAAGUGAUAGUUGAUUGGACGAAAUCUAUUACCAUGCAUCUUUGGUAUAGGCUUGCAAAACAGUGGAAUUUCCUAAAGGAGGAUCCUAACGAGGAGAAUAUUAAAUUAAUGGAUACAACUUUCGGUCAAAUAGCACGUUAUAUAUAUUUUGAUAAUUCAACUAGAAAUAGAUGAUCUACGACAUUUUAGGAUUUGAUAAGAACAUAAUCAAUAGCAAUAUAAUCAGUAUAGAUAAGAGUAAAAUUGUUGAUAUAUACAUUUUUAUAGUUUCGUCUUUUUUCCUGUCCGUCUCGUCCCAACAAGGAAAGAGUCUAGGUUUUCUUUCGCUCUCUUUCGUUCUCAUCUACAUUAAUCUUUUCACUCCUGGUUAAAAGAGUUUGUCAAACGUAUUUGGGAUAGUUUAUACGUCUUUGAUCGUAGAAGAAGCUUCUGGAGGGCGUCAAACCAUUCAAAGAUUGUCUGCUAGAUAUUGUGUCUUUUAUUGUUUCCUGUUUCUUUUAUCUUACGCAAAUAUAUUAAUUUAUUAUAUUUUCUAAUA